GUGAAUGGGUCACCUGGGCUUGUCUAAGUUCCGACCCAGGAAAGUCCCCGGGCCACUUAUCCGCAGAGAUGCGGCCUCGGUAACGAGAGAGUCAUAAGGUGGAGAGAUAAAAGCUGAGACGCGUGUGUGGAGCUUCUCUCCGCCGAUGAUAUCAUGGCCGUUCGUAUUACGACAGUUAUUCACCUGGUCCUUAUCGGACUAACUGAACGGGGCUUACGUUUCAAUGACAAACAACUUUUUUUAU